UUAGUAUUACCAUUUCACUUCAAAUUCCCAGAGUAAAGAAGUUAGCCAACGGGUCUUUCCCCUUCCACUCUCUCUGCAUGCUGGAAUGCGCUUUCUGUCCAAUGUCCCUUAAGCGAGGAAACUGCCCUUCCUGCCUGCCAUUUGCGUGCCUUUCACCCUUCGUCGUCACCUUCACAGACACGGGCAGGCGCGUCCCCCACCACCGAAUAUGCCCGUUCGGUCUAAUUCCCCAUCCCCACCGACAAAGUCAACAAUCCCCUCGACACGUUUUCUCCAAGUCAACCACCACCUUCUCAAAUUACAUGAACACAACCACCGCCACCUUCUAAACCUCAACGCAAACCUCAGUUUACAGGAGGGCAUCAUGGAUUAUGAUGAUGCGCUUCAGACGAUAGCUGCCCUCCUGAAUGACCCUCUGCCAGAACCACAGACCCUCAGUCGGCAGAGAUCGGAACCAGCUUUGCCCUCGCAAUCAACUACAACCAACCUGUCCGUCCAACAUCUGCCACGCCGCCAUAGGAGUAGUAGUCAUAUCCAAGACGACAUGGAGAUCCACGAAAUGACACCGAUCCGCGAAAUGGAUAUGUUUACCCCAUUGGAGUCAAAAGACUUGGCUCUUUCCCAAUUUCCUGCGAAAGGCAUGGUCGGCACAUACGACAACCCUCUUAACCCAUUCCUUGAUCUCCCUGCCGAUUCUCCUUUGAAUCCAAAAUGUGAAUCCUUCAAUGCACAAAAGUGGGUUACAAACCUAGUCGGCUUCAUCAUGCAAGAUCCAGCUCAGUAUGCAUAUGAAACUAGCCGUCUCAGUGUCUGUUUCUCAAAUCUUGACGUCCAUGGCUUUGGAUCACCAACCGACUAUCAGAAGACGGUGUCCAAUGUUAUCUUGGAAUUGGGUGAGAUCUUUCGCUGUUUCAGCAAGUCGCGGAAGGAAAAGGUCCAGAUCUUACAGGGUUUUGAUGGCGUGGUUGAAAGUGGUGAGAUGUUGUUGGUGCUUGGUCGGCCAGGAAGUGGUAAGCAAAAAGCAUUUCUAUGCCCCACAAAUUUGUCACGCACAAUUUUAUGAUCAUCGCUAAUCAGAUGUUGAUACUUUGUAGGAUGCUCAACUCUGCUCAAGACCAUAUCUGGCGACACCAAAGGCUUCUUUGUUGCCGAAAAUUCCAGUCUCAACUAUAGAGGCAUCACCGCCAAACAAAUGCAAUCACAGUUCAGAGGCGAAGCGAUCUAUAUGGCUGAAAACGACGUACACAUCAACUCGCUCACAGUCGGACAGACUUUAUGGAACGCAGCAAUGGCAAGAGCUCCACGGGAUUUUACCUUUCCAGGAGUGACUAGAAAGAAAUAUGCUGAGCACAUGACGGAGGUCAUGAUGGCGACCUUUGGAAUCAUGCACACAAAAGAUACGAAGGUUGCUUUCAUUAGCGGUGGGGAGACCAAGCGUGUCAGUAUCGCAGAGGCAAUGUUGAGCGGUAGUCCAAUCCAGUGUUGGGAUAACUCGUAAGUCAAUUCCUGUUUCUUCUUUUGUUCUCUACCUGUUCUCCAAUCGCUAGGGCUAUCUUCCGCUAGAGAGUGAUUUCUGAUAUUUGUGAACCUGUACUGAUUUUGAGGCCUUGCUCAGGACGAGAGGCCUUGACUCUGCAAACGCUUUGGAAUUCUGUAAGAAUCUAAGACUUACGGCAGACAUGUUCAAUUCCACCAUACUAGUCUCACUGUAUCAAGGCUCAGAAGAUACGUACGAGGUCAGAAGGCGGAAUAUCCAAUCCUUGGAUCUUGCUGCUAACACAAACCCAGCUUUUCGACAAGGUCACGGUUCUUUAUGAGGGGAAGCAAAUCUAUUUUGGCGAGAGCCACCAGGCAAAAGCAUAUUUCGUCAACAUGGGGUUUGAAUGCAUGCCUCGGCAGACCACUGCUGACUUCUUGACCUCCUUGACAAAUCCCUCCGAGCGUCGAGUUAGACCAGGCUUUGAACACCGAACACCUCGAACUCCCGAUGAGUUUGUUCUUGCAUGGAAAAGGAGCCCCGCCUACAAGAGAUUAAGAAAGACCAUCUUUACUUACGAGUCUAAAUUCCCUAUUGGUGGCAAAUUGGUCGAUGAAUUCAAGGCAGCAAGACGACUCAGACAAUCGGAACAUCAGUAAGUUGCACCAUCAAAUCAGCUGCGAUUUACUAAGAGGUCCCAGACAUGUCGGUUCUUCUUAUACUAUGUCAAUAUCCCAGCAGGUUUCCUGGUGUGUAACUCGCGGAUUCCAAAGAUUGAAAGGCGAUGCAAGCGUAACAAUUUCCAAUAUCAUCGGCAAUAGCGUCCUGGCACUGAUUGUCGGUAAGCAUAUUCCAAGUGGUAACAUAUAGUUGGAUCCAGUACUGAGAUAGCAUAGGGAGCAUUUUCUACGAUCUUAAAAACAAUACUGGAAGCUUUUAUUCUAGACCCGUAUGCCUCUUCUUUGCCAUUCUUCUCAAUGCCUUUUCCAGUUCUCUCGAGGUAAGUCACUAGACCAUGAGAGCAAUUUGAAGUUAGUAUUGGAACUCAGCUGAGUGAACUAGCUUAUAACUCUUUACGAACAACGCCCCAUCACCGAAAAACACGCCAGAUAUGCUUUCUGUCACCCCUUUGCAGAGGCGGCCGCUAGUGCAAUCGUAGACCUGCCUUACAAAAUUUGCAAUUCCAUUUCAUUCAAUCUAUUUUUGUACUUAAUGACUGGCCUGAGACGAGAACCUGGCGCCUUUUUUACAUUUCUGGCGUUCUCGUUUUCAACUACCUUGGCGCUCUCAAUGGUAUUUCGAACUAUUGGGGCUAGCUCGCGAACUCUUGCGCAAGCCCUCGCACCGGCCGCCCUAUUCAUCUUGUCUCUCAUGGUGUACACUGGUUUUGUCAUUCCAAUCAACACAAUGGUUCCUUGGUUCCGCUGGAUCAACUUCAUCGACCCCAUCGCCUACGCUUUCGAAAGUCUGAUGAUCAACGAAUUUGACGGACGCCAUUUUCCAUGUAGCAAUUUCGUGCCCAGCGGACCACAGUAUCAGGGUGUUGGGCCUUUGAAUCAUAUCUGCGCCGUUGUCGGUGCUGUUGCUGGGUCGAAUGUAGCCUCCGGAACGGAGUUUAUUAGACUUGGUUAUAGUUAUAACGCUUCGAACCUAUGGAGGUAAGUCUUCAGAAAUUACGAUCUAAACUGGAUGCUGAGAAUUGGUAGAAACCUGGCAAUAAUUCUUGCGAUAUUCGUGUUUUUCACAUUCACGUACUUAUUUGCGAGUGAAUAUAUCACGGAAAAGAAGCCCAAGGGAGAAGUUCUUCUAUUUCCUCGGGGUUUACGGCCAACGCACAACGCGAAAGAUGACUUGGAGCAUUUAUCACGUACGUCAUCCCCAAGAAGUUCAGCCCACUUAUCUAACACACCGAGACGAAUUUCUGCUUUCAUCCAUAAACAGACCUCUAUAUUUCAUUGGCGAAAUAUAUGUUACGACAUCAAAGUGAAGAAAGAGGAACGUCGAAUUCUGGAUCAUGUUGAUGGAUGGGUGAAACCAGGGACCUUGACGGCACUGAUGGUAUGUUUGGAUGACUGAUUCUUCACUCUGACAUGCCCUCAUUCCUCUUGCCUGUUCAAACCAGUGCAAAACUCUGCUUAAACAUGAGUGCUUCUACUAACGAGUUUCUAUCAGGGCCCUUCUGGUGCAGGCAAGACUACACUUUUGUGAGUAACACAUUAUUGUACUUCCCUCCUACUAUUCUGACCAUCAACAGGGACGUCUUGGCUACCCGUGAUACCGCCGGUACAGCAUCUGGAUCAGCUCUUGUGGACGGACAAAGCAGAGACAUAUCCUUUCAGCGGAAGACUGGGUAUUCUCAACAACAAGAUGUCUACUUGGAGACUUUGACGGUUCGUGAGACUCUUCAAUUUAACGCUCUGAUGUGCCAGCCACGAAAUGUUUCCAGAAAGGAUAAACUCGCGUACGUUGACACUAUCAUCAAUCUGCUGGAAAUGGGAUACUAUGCGGAUGCAAUCGUCGGUGUCCCCGGUGAAGGUAAGUACAAAAGAUGGUUCGCACGAUUUCGGAAUUAAACUUUGUACUGACGUUUGUGGCAGGACUCAACAUCGAACAGAGAAAGAAAUUGAAUAUCGCUGUUGAACUCGCUGCAAAACCAAAGCUACUCUUGUUCCUUGAUGAACCAACUUCCGGACUAGAUAGUCAGACUUCUUGGGUUAUUCUUGACCUCCUUCGGAAAUUGAACCUACACGGCCAAGCUAUUUUGUGCACCAUCCAUCAACCGUCUGGGGUCCUGUUCCAAAGAUUCGACCGCCUUCUCCUACUUGCGCCAAACGGUAGACCUGCUUACUUCGGAGACAUUGGCCCAAGCGCUACAACUGUCAUUAGCUAUUUUGAACGCAAUGGAGCAAAGGAAUGCCCCGCUAACGGUAACCCGGCAGAGUGGAUUAUGGAGGUUCUCGGCUGUGCUCCCGGUCACCACAGCACCAUUGACUGGCCUGAAGUUUGGCGAAAUAGUCCGGAGUAUUCACGCGUUCAUAGCGAGUUGGAUUCAAUGGAACUUCGAGCUCAUCGAAAGAUUCCCGCUGAAGAAGUCAACGACGAUCAUGAAUUUGAUGAGUUUGCUGCCCCUUUCUCCGCACAACUCUGGGAAUGCUUUAAGCGAGUCAAUAUACAAUAUUGGAGAACACCUUCUUACAUAUACUCCAAGAUUGCCCUUUCUCUCUUGACGGUACGAGAUUCUACAGUCAUUUGACUCUUCUUUCUAACGCGCUACAGUCCUUGUUCCUCGGCUUUUCGUUCUACCAAACAGAUAAUUCUUUACAGGGUUUACAGAAUCAGAUAUUCAGCAUCUUUAUGCUUCUGUGAGUUUUGAAGUAUAUUUGUUGAGGCACCGCUAACAAAUCUACUUCUAGUACGCAAGCUGCAAACCUGGUUCCACAAAUUCUGCCAAACUUUGUUGCCCAAAGAACAAUUUUCGAAGCUCGCGAGCGCUCCGCCAAAACAUACUCCUGGCAAGUGUUUAUUCUGUCGAACAUCCUUGUAGAGAUUCCGUGGAAUACUUUGAUGUCAAUCUUCAUAUUUGCGUCUUGGUAUUUCCCUAUUGGAUUCUAUCGUAAUUCGGCCACCACUGCCCUCAUGGCUACCAAUAGCGUCGUAAUUCUGUUGUUUAUUUGGGGCUACAUGAGUGAGUUUUCCUCAUAUCUGUCUACAUACAUUGCUGACUCUUCAAAGUGUAUAUGAGUACUUUUGCGCAUAUGAUGCAAGCUGGAGUCGACUUGGCGGCCAUGGCGGGAAAUUAUGCCAAUCUGCUAUUCAUGCUCUCACUCAUAUUCUGCGGGUAGAUAGCCAAAUCUUUUUCCUUGUGUCGCAUCGUGCUUACUGACUUUGUCAUUUAGUAUUCUUGUAGCACCAGAUGCUCUUCCUGGAUUCUGGAUCUUCAUGUACCGAGUAUCCCCAUACAACUAUCUUGUCGGCGCCAUUCUCUCGGUCAGUCUAGCGAAUGCAGAGGUUCGUUGUUCAGGCAUUGAGUUACUUCAUUUUGAGCCACCAAAUGGAGCCACCUGUUCUUCCUACAUGGAGUCUUUUAUCAAAUACUCUGGCGGUUACCUUAAAAAUCCGGAUGCCAUCACUGAUUGCGCUUAUUGUCCACUAAGUGCUUCUAGUACCUUCCUGAAAACUUUCGGUAUUGAAUAUGCCAACCGAUGGCGAAGCUUUGCUAUCAUAUGGGUUUUCAUUCUUGUUAAUAUUUGUGGGGCUUUCUAUUUCUAUUGGCUUGCCCGAGUACCGCAAAAGAGAAAGUAUCGAAAUCUAGGCAACACCGAGAAGGACAUCUCUUCAGAGGAAAGCGAGGAGAUUCUUGCUAGACAAGAUGAAGAACUGGAGAAGGUUGAAAAACGAAAGAAGAACAUCGUUGAUGAAGGCAUUUCCGUCGAUCGUGGCGGCAGUUCGCAGGAUGCUUCUCGAGGUGCGAGCUUCACAGGUGCAACGAGUGGAUCCAGAGCAAGCGCCCGAGAUUGCGAGCUGUGAAUUGAGACGGAUGUUAAGGAGUGAAUAUUUAGGUCAUACUUUAGAAUUGUGGUCAACAACUUGGAGCUCGGCUUGCAUUCUUAGGAGUAAUUUCUUGCAAGCGACAGCGUUUUCGGAUCUCUCUCUCUUUUCAGGGGCGGAAUUUUGAAGCAUCAAUGGUUGUACACCUAUGGGGAUGGGAGAGCUGUGGUGUUUGUUCAUUUGCUCUUUUCAGUGAGCGGUCGGCGGUGGAGGUCAUUUGUUCUUUUGCCUUUCUUUUCUUUUUCUUGCUCGCUUGGAGGCUUUUAUUCUCUUUCUCUCCUUGCGUUUUUUUUUUCAUGCUGAGAAUUAGAUUCUGCCUAUAUCAGUGGGUAGAUGAUUAGACGCUGGCUGGACUGAAGGAUUUGCUAGAUAUCGGUGGUAUGGUAUACAUACACUGGUUGAGUUUUUAGACUCCCUAGAUGAUUUCAAGCUAGAAAUGUCUUUUUCUUUUUCUCUGUUUUUUAAGAUUGUGGAUGGUUGGUGGUGGAUGGAAAUGGGGGGUUUUUUUCGUAGCUUUGUUAGGUGCUUAAUUAAUGAGAGAUUGAUUGAUU